AUGGAUGAACUACAUAACUUAGUCAAAGGAUAAGCAGAAGGAUUUGAGAUUCAUAAAGUACAUAGAGACAGUGUAGGCAAAGAAAAAUAUUUGAAAAUGGAGAAAGAUGAAUUCUUGACACAGACCAAUGUUUAGAAAUUAGGGUAAGAAGUUGCAAUAGAAUUAAGUGGAAAAAACUGGGAGGAAAAAUAUGAAUGGGUGAACAAUCAACGUGAGGAAGGAAACAAAAUUUUUAAGAAGGGAAUAUACGACUAGGCUAUAGACACUUACUUGAAAGCUCUGUGUGGUAUGGACUUUGGAAAACAGGAUGAGGACUAAGAAGAACGUGUCAAUAAAGAUCUCAAAGCCCCCAUUCUUAAUAAUAUUGCACUCUGUCUCAUUAAGUAAAACAAAUUUAUGAGAUCUAAUCAAAUGCUUGAUUAAGUACUUAAAGUUGACCCAGAAAAUUUCAAGGCAUGGACAAGAAAGGUGUAGAACUUUUUGAAAAUAGGCGAUACUGAGGAGGCGAAGAAAACAGUGACUGAUGCUGAGAAAUAGGCAGUAACCUUAGAGGAUAAAGCAUUAAUUACUGGAUUAUAUAAAGAGAUCGCGCAGCAAACACUAAAAGAGAAGAAUUUCAGCAAGAAUAUCUUCGCCAACAAAUUGGGAGGGUUGUAUUAGGAUAAACCAGAUUAUUCAAAGAUGGAGGAAUUUAUGCAAGAAUAUGAAAAUGAAUACUUGGCAUCUUUGAGUAAUACUCAAUGGUUCUUAUACCCAUUCCUUAAAACAGCUAGAGUGGUGUUUAGAAAAUUAGGACUAUGCAGGGAUAAGAACAGUGAUGAAUUUAAGAAUAGAAAAAAUAAUAAAGUAGAAUGA